AUGCCAAGUCUCGCAGGAUAUGGAACAGUGACAAGUAAACAGACUCUUCUGCGACCUUUUGCUGUAGAUCUAAAAAGAUCUAUCGUGUUGACACGCCGCGGUAAAGAUGCAGGCAACCGAAGACAAAUUCAAAGCGGAGAGACAAGAUACGAACUGAAACGAAUAAAUUUCCUAUGUGUACUUAAGAAGAUCCGCAAUAAAUCUUUGUUGUAA